AUGACUACUCCCAAUGGCCCUGAUCUCGAGGAGCGGAAGACAGGAUCUUCUGCCGAGGACCUGUCAACUGUGGCGAACGGUACUCAAGAGAACCAGGAGCCACCCGCCACGUCCACCAACGCAUCGGAGGCCCUAGCAGACGCGAAAGUGACCAAACCCAAAGACUCGGAUGUGGCAGCUGCACCUACUCCAGAUCGUGCUACGGAACACCCCGCGACACCCACGGCGGCGGCGGCGGCUAGCAAACAGGAUGAUCGACCAAAGGAAAAACAACCGGCUGAACCUCCAUCCACAACCCCUGUGACGAAUACUCCACAGGAGCAGGGAAAGCACGAUGAGCCUGUACCCUCUGUCGCGAAGGCCGACGUCCCCGUGACAUCAUCUCUCGACCGCGAGACAGCAACGAGCAUGCGGCAGUUUACACCAAGUGCUUCCAAAGCAGCAGAUGUCACGAAGACACGCCCCUCCGUUGCCCCGGUCAACUCCUUGCCACCAGCCAAGCUGGGCGACUCAGAUGCGGCAUCAACGCCAUCUAGUAGCGAUAAGCGCCCUGCAACAAUCACUGCUGCGAAGGCCAGUGAACAGGCGGGUCAAUUGAAGGAAACACCGUCUUCGAUUGCUACGGAGGCCCAUGCCGUGGCCUCGUCUCUUGACCCCGAACCGGCAACGAGCACGUUAGAUGGGAAGUCUCCGCCAUCACCUAGUCCGUCCACGACAACCGGACCUCAGAUGCCUUCUAUCUCCCAGGUGUCAGAGAGUACCGAGUCAUCACUCAAAGAAUCAUCACCCCCUCCUAUCAGCAUCUCUCUCUCUCGGUUGCCACUCUCUACACCAGUCCCUACGUCGGAGCCAUCCGAUCAUCUCCCUACACUAACAAGCACUGGCGCCGAUGGUCCCUCGAUUACUUCGACACAAGACAGCCCUAAGACGCGUCUCUCUUCACCUACUUCUAUUAGCAGUACACCACCAGGAAUCAAUUCCUCCGAGCCUUCGGCACAUUUUAUACCUAUUCCCUCGUCAGAUGUUUCAGAUGUUUCCUCUGCAUUUGCGCCAACGAGCACCAAUGGUGACGUUCCUUCCAUGUCCCUGCUGCCAGGAACCACCACGUCGCAACUCUCAAUACCUCCGGAUACUUCUGUUGGCAGCAUACUCUCAUCAGAAUCUACAUCGACCUCGCUGGUCUUUACAUCAGCAGCUUCGUCACAAGCAUCAGCAACCCCAUCUGAUAUAUUCUCCGAGGCACACAGUAAUGUGAUAGCUAGUAUUACAAGUGAUCGAUUCUCCGUCCCUCAACCCAGUCAGAGCGCUACCAUCAGUUCUCCAGGUAGCCAACCUGUUCCAACGUCUGAUGUUUCCACAUUCAGCAACACAGAACCGCCGCCUUCUACUUCGCUGGAACUACUUACGACCACGAUCUCGUCACCUGCGUCGACGACCCCUCAAGUAUCUCCAAUAGUGGCACCUUCUCUUAACACACUCUCAAGUGGUGGAUCUGCGCCCACGUCCUCCCCAGCAUCAGUGCCCACUUCGAUUCGUCAUAGGCGACCCUUGACUACCCCUGCACCAUCGGUCCCGGCUAUUGAGGUCUCUUCUACUCAGGACGCUGGUCCCACUGAUAAAUUGCCGACCUCCACGGCAUCGUCGAGUGAUCCAGCUGGCUCAAACACCACUCCAAGCCCAGGGUCACCAGAGUUGGGCUCCGGAGAGUCUACCAAGCACAAUAACCACGAUAGUGGUGGUAAACAGGGAGCUGGUCGUACCCGUUCUCCCCACCCGCAGCCAACCAAUGAAGGCGAACCGAAGGUCGGCGAGGAUAAUAAAGCGCCUAAUGCGGAUCAAGGAGCCACACAACCUUCCCAGCCUCAGUCUACCCAGGAUGCUCACAACCAAGGGGGCACGCAGACACACCUUCCACAAUCGCUUCCGACCCACAAUCGCUCACAGAAGGGCGACAAGGGUGGCAACCCUGGUACUAGGACGAACGAAGACAACCAUGGUGCUGAAGCUACCCAAGCCCCUCAGCCGCAGUCAACCCACGAUGGCUCGCAGAAGGAUGGAAAGGAUGUCAAUCCGUCUGGCAGUCAGACGACCAAGGAUAGCCAUGAUACUGGACAUACCGAAGCUCCCCAACCGCAACCAACCGAUGCUGACCCGCAGAAGAGUGGCAACGACGCCAAAGCGCCUGACGGUGGGCAAGGACGACCCCCGCAGCACUCAAGUCAUGAUGGCUCGCAGCAUGGCAAAGGCGACCAUCCGCCUGACACAACCAAGGAUAACGACGAAGCUGGACAUACCAAAGUUCCCCAGCCAACCCACGAUCCACAGAGUGAUAAGGGCAACAAGCCACCCGAUAGUGGGACGAACAAAGAUGGCCACGAUGCCCAGCAGCCCACCAACGAUGACUCGCGAGAGGGUGGAAAGGGUGGGAAGGACAAUUUACCUGCCACUAAGACGUCCGAGAAUAGCGCUGGUGCUGGGAAUAGCAGCGCUCCCCCGCCACAGCCAACGAACGACGGCGAGCAGAAGGGUGGCAACAGCGGCGGGGCACCCGACGAUGGACAAACACAAAGGCCCCAGCCCACCCAUGACCACGACGGCUCGCAUGAGGAUGGAAAGGGUGGAAAGGACGACAAUCUGCCUGCCACAAAGACGACUGGAGAUGACCAUGGUGCUGGACAAACGCAAACUCCCCAGCAGCCGUCCCACGACGACACGCAAAAGGGCGACAACCCUCUUGAAAGUAAGACGACAAGCCAAGAUCCUGGACGCACCCAAACUCCAAAGCCUCAGUCGACGAGUGGUGGCGAGCAGAAGGGUGGCGAGAAUGGCAAGAAUGUCAAGGAGUCUAACAAGCCUGCGACGCCCCAGGCAUCGAAGACGACGAAGGACAACCAGGGGACCAAACCGACUUCAUCUCCCAACCCACCGCUUAGCGAGGGAAACCCGGAUAACACCAAGGGUCCACUACUAUCCGCAACUAAGGACACCCAGGGGAGCGAACCCACUGCUAUUCCUGUGCCACCGCCUGGCUCCCAAAAGGGCCCCAAACCAGAUGACGGAGGACCCAAGGAGUCCAGUGAUCCUGCCCUACCUAAUGCUACUGGCCGCGGCAACCAAGGGACCAAUCCCAACACACUCUCACUGUCCUCAUCUAUAGCUACUCAUAGCGAUGAUCCAACUCAUCAUGCAAGCAAAGCAGCUGGGGUGCGCGUCCAAGCUGUGGGAACAAGUGACGCAGCUAACGCAGCGCUUGAUCAACUCAGGCAAGCUGAACAUUUUAGCGCGACAUUGAUCGUCACUUCGACCGAGGUUCCGACUACUAUUUUUCCCAGUACGACUAUAGUCCAGACCCGCACCAUCAUGAACGGCGACACGCUUCAAACGCUUACGUCCACAGUGAUCGUCACAAGCGCACCGUUGACAACCGUCACUUCCGUGCCAACUACGAUACCUGUGCCCGUACCAACUAGAUCACCUAUAUCCACCAACUCUGGCUCUACCACAAGUACAGGAGCAAUCGUUGGUGGCGUCGUUGGUGGCAUUUUGAUUCUUGUAGCUGCUUUGAUCAUGUUCUUGUGUAUGCGGCGGCGACGACGCAUCCGGUUGCAAAGCGAUGCUGUAGCGAACCAGAUGUCGGGGGCGUUCUCAUCUCAAAUGCCUACUGUCGUUAUAUCUUCUCAGCGCUCUGUGUCGGCUACUAGUGCUCCUCUAGGCAAUGGCCGUUCGACUCGUGCUAACGAACUCGACCCAACCUAUGCGCCAUCGACAACUACACCUAGCCCGGACCCUUCGGAGCUAAUGUCAAUCCGAAGUCCUAGAAGCCCUACCAACAUACCGGCUCAACGACGCAAACCAGUUCCAGGAUACAGCGAUACGGACCUCAUUGACCUCGCUUCUGACUCGACUGCGAGAGUGUCCACAACUACUUCUUCGUCGACCUUGUCUAUGGAGUUCUGGACGCCGUUGAAUGAUCCGUAUGGAAACACCGAGAGUGCUGCCGCCUCUGAUCCGUUCAGAGACCCUGAUCCUCCGAAUACGAAUAAGCAUGCUGCAUUGGCUGCUCUCGCGUUGAGCGAUGAUCCAUUCAAAGACCCUGUCCUUUUCAAUGCGCCUGGACAGAAGAGAUUAUCGGUGCAGUCCGCUUCGUCAUCGCAGAGAAGCGUGUCUCCCCAGUUCGGGUUCGCUGUCUGA